ACUGGUUACGUCAGAGCAGCUGAUUAAUUGUAAGACGCACAAGCUUUCUGUCUCUCGUUGUUUGGGUGCGUAAAUUCGAUUUGUUUUUCGAGCGACGAUGGUGCGCGCCUGGUACAUGGACACUAGCGAUGACGAUCAACGACUGGAACACCACAGACAACCGCCGGUAUUCGUAUCCCUGGAUAACCUAUUCGCAGCAACGGGCGUGGAAUACUUUAAGAUAAACCACCUUAAUUACGAGACGGAUAACACUUUGAAAGAACUGCGCGAAAAGCGCGGUUACACGUACGAAGAUGAAAUUACGUGUUCCAAACAGUGUCUGCCGAAUUACGAGGAAAAGUUGAAAAACUUUUUCACUGAACAUCUGCACACCGACGAAGAGAUACGUUUGGUUCUGGAUGGAUCCGGCUACUUUGACGUGCGAGACAAGGACGAUCAAUGGAUUCGCAUCGAAGUGACAGCCGGCGAUUUAAUAAUCAUACCAAGUGGAAUCUAUCAUCGUUUCACUUUGGAUAUUAAUAAUUACAUAAAAGCAAAGAGAUACUUCGUUGGAGAACCAGUUUGGCUGCCGUACAACAGACCAGCUGAUAACAUGGAAUGCCGGAAACAAUAUCUUGAACAAUUGCAGAAAGGUUUUAAAAUGCCUAUUGUCGGAUAAUCCCACAUUUGU